CGAAUUUUACCUUGAGAGCACCUCAUGCUGGAUACACAUUUACUUUUUGAGUAACCGCGCUUGCUGUGGUGGUGUGAGAGGUGACGGUUUUUAACUUUUUCAUCCCUUUUUUUUUUUCCGCGCACAAGCUCUCUCGUCCGCUGUUUUAACAUUAUAACAAUGUCGAUGAACAGUAGAUAUCGUGAAAGAAAAUAUAAUACUUCAGAUAAUGACCGUUUAUUAAGGGCACUUUCUCAACCUGUCCAAGCCUGGGACAAGAAAUGGACUCCACACUCCAACUCCAAAACACUCCAAACUUACAAAUGGGUCAAAUCGGAAAGAACGAUUGAAUAUGAACAAGACGAGGAAAGUGAGGAAGAACCAGAGCCCAUGGAGACCGAACCAUCGCUGGAAACAGCACCUGUAGAAAUGACAACAGAUAUUCACAUUGCCGAGACGAAUGAAGGCACUGAGGAGACUACUACGACGACAACAGCAACAACAACAACAACAACAGUGAAUGAUACUGUCACUGCUACUGCUACAGGUGUGGAAAUAAGCACGAUGCCUAAUAGCAGCCAGUCAGAACAAACCAUUCCUGGUGGUCCCAGUACACUUUUAACAAAUAAGGCACUUUCAACCGUUCAACAAGAUAUGGAGGAAGACAAUCGUCGAUCUGAAACGCCAAAAUUAGAUGAUAUCUCUGACGAGGAAGUGACUACAGUUUUGGAAGAAGAGGACGGAGCGGAUGCAUCCAAACAUCCUGCUUUAGCACCUCAUGCGCAAGCACAUUUAAGCGAUGAUGAUGAGAGUAUGACAGAUUCUACUGCUGUUACACCUCAAACUGAAGGAAAUACACCAAUGCCACAAUUAGAAGGUGGGGAGGAGGAUAUGGAACAAACCAAUGCUUUAAAUGCACAUCCAUUGAGCCAAGAAAUUUUAACAGGAGUUUCUCAUGAUAUGGCUUCUUUAAACAAUGAUUCUCCCUCUGUUCAAACGCCUGAAGAUGUUGUUUCUCAUCAUGAUUAGAUAAAACAAAAAAUAUGUGUAAAAAUAAAAAAAAAUCGCGUUCUUUUAAACAUUU